AUUCGCUACCCCCCGCACACAUCGCCGACCAUGGGAGAUUACGGCCAGUACAUUGUCCCGACGGCGGACGUCAUGAUCAACUUCAAGGUGGGCCAGCCCGCACCGACGAUGCUUCCCCUGCAGCUUAUCCGUGAGUCUGCUGCGGACAAGUUCCUCGAAACGGACCCGAUGUUCCUCCAGUACGGACACAUCAAGGGGUACCCGAAAUUCCGCCAAGCUCUUGCCAAGUUUCUCUCGGAUGGAUACCACGCGCCGGUGGAUCCCGAGCGCCUCUUCGUCACAAAUGGGAUUACUGGCGGGUUGGCGUUGCUCAUUUCGCUUUACCUCAAGUCGGGUGACUUGGUAUUCAUGGAAGAACCCACGUACUUUUUGGCCCUCAGUAUCAUGAAGGAUUUCAAGAUGAACGUCAAACAAAUUGAAAUGGAAGAAGACGGUUUGAACGUCGACAAGUUGGAAGAAGUGCUGCGCAGUGGUGUUGUCCCCAAAGUCUUUUACACAAUCCCUACCUGCCACAACCCCACGGGCCGCACUAUGAGUACGGCGAAGCGGCAAAAGCUCGUGAAACUCAGCCAUGAGUAUGGCUUUACCAUCAUUGCUGAUGAAGUGUACCAACUCUUGUCGUUUCCCCACGUCACUCCUCCCCCUCCCUUCUUCACCUUUGACAAGUACGACACAGUUUUGGCGUUGGGCUCGUUUUCCAAGAUUUUGGCUCCUGCACUUCGUCUUGGAUGGGUGCAAGGCUCUCCCAAGCUUCUUCAACCGUUGAUUGCAUCGGGGCAAUUGGACAGCAGCGGCGGUAUUAACCCUGUCAUCCAAGGCAUUGUGCAUACGGCAUUGACAUCCGGCCGCCAAUCUCAACACUUGAAGUGGACGACGGAAACGUUGUGGACCCGCGCUGACACGCUGAUGAAGGCAUUGGAAGCAAAGUUGCCCGCUGGAACUACGUUCGAACGCCCCGACGGUGGAUACUUCAUCUUGGUGCGCCUGCCUGAGGGAUUGCACGCAUCAGAGCUGCUUCCCAUUGCCGAGAAGCACAAGGUGCAGUUUCUUCCUGGUGCGUCUUUCGCCAAGUCCAUGUCAAACUACCUCCGCCUCAGCUUUUCGUGGUAUACCGCCGAAGAAAUGAUCAUCGGUGCUGAACGAUUGGCUGCUGCGAUUACCGAAUACCAAACGACUAAGGGCUCCUCGACUGCUAUGACGACCUCUGAGUCUACUGCGGUUACGUCAGUGGCCCUUCACGGAUCCAAUGGCCGGCUGGGUAGCUUGAUCGCGUCUGAGCUGCAAAAGGACUCUGCUUUCGUUUCCGCCGGUGUCUUGGACGUGCGUUCGUCGACAUCGAUCCCAUCGUCGACCCAAGUGAUCAUUGACGUCACUCUUCCGUCUGGAACUGCCGCGUUGGUUGAAACGUUGCUCAAGGGUUCAACGUACCCUGCACUUGUGGUUGGAACCACUGGAUCGUUGCCACUCGACUUGUUGCGUCAGUACGCGGAAAAGGCCCCUGUUGUCAUCAAGUCGAAUUUUUCUGUGGGUGUGCCUCUUGUGGCCGAGUUGGCGGCGGCCGCGGCCCAAGCAUUGCCCAAAGGUAACGACUGGAACGUCCAACUGAUGGAAAUCCAUCACACCAAGAAGUUGGAUGCUCCGUCUGGCACGGGAAAGACUCUCGUCAGCGCCAUCAAGCGAACGGGGGCAUUCGACAAGGUCGAGUGCGAGAGCUUGCGUUUGGGCGACGAAAUCGGCACGCACACUGUUUACUUUGCCGGUCCUGGCGAACGCAUUGAGAUCAAGCACGUAGCUACCCGUCGCGAAGUAUUUGCCCUUGGUGCGUUGCGCACGGCUGCGUGGGCCGUGAAGCAGCCCAAGGGAUUGUACUUCUAAACAUCGAGGGAACUUUAACAAUAAGACAUAUACCACCGUGACCCA